CAUAGAUGACGUCACGACACGAACUCUUUCUGUCGCACAUUGUUGAGGUCACAAUAGCGUCGCCAUUUUCGCUGCUCUUUGUGCGCCUCCGUCUGCUAAGUCUCUCUUGCUUUUAGCACGGUUUUCGUCGACUUUUUAAUUCACAUUUGUUGACAAAACAUGCAAGGCUACAGAGGCCCCCAACAGAACCACGGCCCCAACCGUCCGGGGAACCACCUCAAAGGCGACGGGCCCAACAGCAACGGACAGCAGCCGGAGCCUAGCGAGCAGACCAGCCUCAACGCGGGCUUGACGCUGGACCCGCAGAGCUUCAGAAAGCCCGGAGAGAAAACCUUCACCCAGCGGAGCAGGUUGUUCGUGGGGAACCUGCCCACCGGAGUCACCGAGGAGGAGCUGGUCAAGCUGUUCGCGAAGUACGGGAACGCCAGCGAGAUCUUCGUCAACAAGGACAGGGGUUUCGGAUUCAUCCGCCUGGAGACCAGGAUCAUCGCUGAGAUCGCCAGAGCGGAGUUGGAUGAUUUCGUGUUCAAAGGCAGACCCAUCCGGGUGAGGUUCGCCACACACGGCGCCGCUUUGUCCAUUAAAAACCUCCCAGAGUUUGUGUCCAACGAGCUCCUGGAGGAGGCCUUCUCCGUCUUCGGCCAGAUAGAGAGGGCUCUGGUGAUCGUGGAUGACCGGGGCAGGCCCACGGGGAAAGGCAUCGUGGAGUUUACCGCGAAGCCAGCCGCAAGGAAAGCUCUGGACAAGUGCAACGACAGCGCCUACCUCCUCACAGCGUUCCCCCGGCCCAUCACCGUGGAGCCCAUGGAGCAGUUCGACGAGGACGAGGGUCUGCCGGAGAAGCUGAUCAAUAGGAAUCAACAGUACCACAAGGAGCGCGAACAGCCCCCGCGGUUCGCCCAGCCCGGCUCGUUCGAGUACGAGUACGCCAUGCGCUGGAAGGCCCUGAUGGAGAUGGAGAAGCAGCAGUACGAGAUGGUCGACCGCAACAUGAAGGAGGCGCAGGAGAAGCUGGAGGCCGAGAUGGAGGCGGCCAGACACGAGCACCAGGUGAUGCUGAUGAGGCAGGACCUCCUGAGGAGACAGGAGGAGUUGCGGAGGAUGGAGGAGCUCCACAGCCAGGAGGUGCAGAAGAGGAAGCAGGCCGAGCUGAGGCAGGAGGAGGAGCGCCGGAGGAGAGAAGAGGAGAUGAGGCUGCGCAACGAGGAGAUGAUUAAGAGGCAGCAGGAGGGCUUCAGGGGCGGCUUCCCCGAGAACAGAGAGCAGGAGAUGAGGAUGCACAUGGGGGGCCACGGCAUGUCUAUGAACAGAAAUUCCCUGGGUGGGAACUCGGGUGCCGCCGGCGCUGCUGGCAUGGCCGCCGAGAGCGCUCCUAUGAUGGCGGGCUCAGGUAGCGGCAGCCUGCCCGGAGGGGGCCAGGGCGGCUUCCCCAGAGGGCUCCCCGGCCCCGGAGACUAUAACAAGCAGCGCAGAUUUUGAAUCACAUGUCUGUAAUUUUUUUUCCCCUCAUUUUUCAGCUCACUGUAUGUUAAAGUUUAAGGUAGUGGAUGUUACCCUUGAACUUUUAAAAAAAACUUUUUUUGUACUUUUAUUUUGGUGUUUUUUGAGUCGUUUCAGUACUGAUGCGUUUUUCCAAAUGAGCCAUUCAUUUUACUUUUUUCUUAAUUUUUUUUGUAGGGUAGAUAAUGUUUUUGGUCCUGAAUAUGUUACAUUUUCUGUAAUAAAUUCAUAAUUCCUUAAAAUAAAAAAGAAAGUGUUUUAUUCAGGAUAGAAAAGCUUCACAGCACAAUGGUGGCUAAUAUUUUUCAGCACACACCAACAACCUUACUUUUAAUAACUACACUUUUUAGGGUGUUACAAUUAUCUGUGUGGUCUGACUGGCUGAUCCUCAAACAGAUGCCAACUCUUUACAGUUUCAGAAAAUACAUAAAAGUUGUCAAAAUGUCUCAGUGUGAAUCAGCGUAUCGGUCACUACAAAACGUCAAAAGCAGACAGCUCCUUUUCCUACUUACAUUUUGUAUAAAAGGGCACAAAAGCUUAGAGAUGCUGCUGAUUCUUGACUGGAGAUUGUCAAAAUCACAGAUGUCACACAGG